GGCAGGGCGGGAGGGUCGACCGGUGGGCGGCGCCUCUCCGGGCCCGAGGCCGCUCGGGGCCGGCGCCGCCCUCGGCCUCUCGCCGUCCCUCCCUCCUGCACGCCGGCGCCUCGAGGCUGCGCUUCCUGCGUCCCCAUCCCGGUCCCGGCGCGGGCGGUGCGCCCUCUCCGCCACCGCCUCGCUGGGUCGGGACUCCCCGAGCCCUGGGAUCACAGCGCCCCGGAAGAGGCAGCCCGAGGGGACGGGGUCGUGGAGCCCCCGGUCCCCGGUAGUGCGACCGUGACCGAGCUGGCCCCGCAGCCGCCCGGGUGGGUCCUUAAUUCAAGAUUUUAGUAUGAAGAAUUGUUUCCCAGCCUGCCCUGAGCACCCCAGGUAACAACAGACCUCUCGGCCGCAGCCGUCCACACAGGAUGCCUCGAACUUGCCCGAAGCCAUCCCUCGAGAGCUCAGCCGCUGUUUCUUUGGGGUGGCCCUAGGGAUUUUGUGCAGGGCGUUGAGCGGGUUUUGGGUUGCUUUGGCUGCUGCUGCUGCCCUUAUCUAUUGAUUUUCUUCCUUGGAGCCCGGCCUUGCCCUGCGCGCCCCCCCCACCCCCCACCCCGGCAUGAUGGCCCAGUCGAAGGCCAACGGCUCCCACUAUGCGCUGACCGCCAUCGGCCUGGGGAUGCUGGUUCUCGGGGUCAUCAUGGCCAUGUGGAACCUGGUGCCCGGGUUCAGCGCCGCCGAAAAGCCGACCGCCCAGGGGAACAACAAGACCGAGAUCGGCAGCGGGAUUCUCAAGAGUAAGACCUUCUCCGUGGCCUACGUGCUGGUCGGGGCUGGGGUGAUGCUCCUCCUGCUCUCCAUCUGCCUGAGCAUCCGGGACAAGAGGAAGCAAAGACAAGGCGAGGAGAUGGCCCACAUCCAGCACCAGGCGGGGGCCGAGCCACAUGCCCCAGAGGAAGAUAGCCAGGAGGAGGAGGAGGAGGCCUCCUCAAGGUACUAUGUCCCCAGCUACGAGGAAGUGAUGAACACAGACUACUCAGAGGCGAGGGAACCGGACCAGAACCCGAGGAUGAGCAUCUCUCUCCCCUCCUACGAGUCCUUGACGGGGCUCGACGAGUCGAGCCCCACGGCAGCCAGGGCCAACGCGGAGACCGGCGCAGGGAAUCCCCCCGACAGGCAGAACUCCAAGCUGGCCAAGCGCCUGAAGCCCCUGAAAGUGCGAAGGAUUAAAUCCGAAAAGCUCCACCUCAAGGACUUCAGGAUCAACCUCCCGGACAAAAACGCCCCUGCCCCCUCCAUCGAGCCGUUGACUCCCCCGCCACAGUACGACGAAGUCCACGAGAAGCCUUCGGACGCCCGGCCACCUGACUGACGACCUCGCUCCGUGUGUCCCUCCGGUUGCUCACCCUCCACACCACGGACCCCCAGUGAAGCCACUUCAGCUGCAGUCGAGAAGCGGAGGGGCCGGAUGCACCCAGAGCCAUGUGGCUGGGGGUGGGGGGUGGGGGGGUCCCGGGACUAGGGGGUGACUGACGUCCACAGAACCUCACCUAGCAGGUGCGUCCGGAAGAGCCGCCGCCUCGGGCCUCGGGACGUGGACCCCGCCGGGGCCGCCGCGUAGGCACCUUCCCUGUUGUUCCUCCCCCGACUCGGAGUUGUCGGCGACAACACCCCUCUUUCCGAUCAGGAGAGGACCCCGAGCGGCUGGUUUAGGUUGUGAUUUUUGUUUUGCUUCCACUAGGACUGUUUUGUGUCAAAGAGAAAACAAGUUAUCGUGCCUUUGCUUUCCUCACUGGAGUCCUGAGCUGUGGGCAGGAGAUGUGACUCAGCCUUAGAGAAAGGACACGGGGCCGGUUGGUGAAUGAAGACAAACCAGGGGCUGAAUGAUUGGGGGCGGGGUGGGGGGGGGAGCGAGGCCCGGGGUGGGUGGGGGGGCUCUCUCAGAGUCCCUGAAGCCAUGCACUCUCUGAGGGUCCAAGGCCCGGUGAUGCAUUCCAUCAGAGUCUUUCCUGGCCCCCUCUCCUAGUCUCUCCUGUGUAAGGGCAAAAAAGGAAAGCAUACUAUGAGAUGCUCCGUUCCUUCGAAAAUGCCAUGCAACUGAGCUUUUUAUAAUAAAAUAUUUUAUAUGGACUACA